GAAUCACAGACUGUGGCAGAUAUGCCGAUUGAUCCAAAUGAGCCGCUCUAUUGUUAUUGCAAACAAGUUAGUUAUGGAGAAAUGGUUGCAUGUGAUAAUAGUGAAUGUGAGAUUGAGUGGUUUCAUUUUACAUGCGUCGGUCUCUCAGAUCGUCCUAAAGGAAAGUGGUAUUGUAAUGAGUGCUCGGAUAAG